UAAUAAUUUUCAGUUUUCUUAAACCCCCACAAGAAAAUUCCGAUAUCCAAAAUGUUUUAGGUCGUGGUUCUCAGUUUGUAUCUCUAUCUCUGUUGUUGGGUACUGAGUGUUCCACACAAAAAAUCCACUAUAAGUAUAUAGAGAACCAAAUGAUUUUUUUUUUGAAAAUUUCCACAAUGAAUGGUCACGAUGAUACUUCCGAUUAUGCCGAAAGUUGAGCCAAAUGGGAUAUCCUAUAUUUUAUUAUAUUUUUGGAUUCCCCACAAAAUUCUAAUUUGGGUUUAAUGGAUUCCUCAUAUCCAAACCGCAGUUCUAGAGAUAUUAUGUCAUUUGUCUAAAUUUUUUAAAGGUAGUCUCGAAUGAAUGGUUAUAACUUCCUACUGACAAAUGUUGAGGAUGGUAGUCCAACACGAAAAAAAUCAUUUUUUCAGAUACAACAUCGUGUGUUUUCAAAAGUCAUUAGAUGGGCAGCAAAGAGCUUUAUCUAACAAUGUGUCAAGCCCUGUACAUAAAUCUGAAGAUCUAAGAGAAGUCAUUACGAAAAAUCCUUGAAUUGUUUUAAUUUCAUGGAAAUUCUAUGCUUUAUCUUUGCAUAUGGCCAAUACUCAUUUGUCGCAAAUUUGACAAAUUUGAAUGAUUUGUUAUAACUUCUUGCAAAUCUCCGUAUUUGAUGUGAAUUCAAUCUUCAUUUAAUGAAACGUUGCAUACGACCCAUGACAGCUUUAUUAAUGGUGCAAUUGUGAACAGGCUCUGGUAUCGGUAAGAAUGUCGAAAAGCCACCGAAGCUAGUUGUCCACUGCGAAUCUCAAAGCGCACCAGUUUUACAGAUGGAAUUUUCUAUUACAUCAAACUCCCUUGGUAGAACUAGCUUCCCAUCUUUUGGAAUUACUGCAGUAACAUCCAAUUAUGCGCUCACACUGCAUGCAUGCGGCAAUACAAUGUGAGGAAUUUUCAAAAAAAAUGUAUUCGGUUCUCUAGAUACUUCUAGUGGACACUGCGUGAAAUACCCUGUGGUUAUAAUUUUGGGAAAAUUCCUCUCCACAGAUAGAACUAAGUUGAGCUGAAUUCUAAGCCAAAUGGAUCUCAGACAUAGUUUCAAAUAAGCACGUUUUUAUUAUUCAGUUCGUAGUUCUCGAAUCUGAAAAAUUUUCUGAUAAUUUAUUUCAUUGUCAGAUAUAAAUUUAUCUCGAACCGUAUUGCUCUCAAUAAAGUUCAUUAUAUUUGAGAACUGUAGAAAUCAAUAAGCCGAUAACUGAUAGACUGAAGCCCAUCUCUAUUUCCCCUUCUUUAUAAAGCCUGUUGCAAAAUUCACUUUGUUUCUCAUAUCAUAAUAAGUAUUUAUGGAUUCCUUAUAAUUAUUUCUCAAUGUUAACAACAUAAUUCAAAUUAUAACGCAAAGCGAAUAGAGCCAAAAGCAAGACCAUCUCAAAAAAUAAUUUAUGGUAAAUUCCCUUCCUAAGAACUAGAACAUUCAACGGAGAUUCGCUCUAAAGGCUGCUUAAACUCACCACUACAAAAUUAACUUAAGUAUGAAUUAUUCGAUUUAGAAGUCACAUCAAACCAAAUUAGAGUAUUUUUAUUAAUUCAAGUAUGUUUUGCAGCUGUUAUAUGUAUCACAGGUUAUUUCUGUAAGGAUGAACAUAAUUUUCUCAGAAACUUGGGAUAAUGAAAAGAAAUUUGGGAAUCCAUGUACUAGAUAUAUGUACAUAUUAUGAAACUGGAUGAAGUUUAAAAUAAUACUUAGGAUUAUUUAUAUCAUCAAAUACCAACCAACCAAAUUUCUUGUCGUUCCCGAUGUUUCUUCUUAGGCUAGGUUCUUUCGCCCCUUUAGAAAUAUUGUAUUCCGCUAGUCCACUUGCUUAUUUCGAUAUUUUUCUCAUACAUGCAGCCUCGGAUAUAAACUACUACGAACAACAUUUAGGGGGUUCUCAGGAAUCCCUGUUGAGUCUAAACAGCUACCACAUAUUCACGCCUCCAGCUGUCCGACCGAAAAACAACGUAUUUUUCAAUUCAGCGGAUAAUUUGUACAAAAAACAAAAAUUCAAACUAACAAUUCCUCGUAUUGAGGUAGAAUGUGAACCAGUUUUCAGCGUGCAAGUUACUGAUUUCAGUGAACCUUGUCCUAAAAAUGUCACUCUUACUUAUGAUGAAUCUGGAACUAAUUUAGAGAUUAAUUUACCGAAUGACGAAAAUGACAUCAAUAAAUCUUGGAAAAAUAGAGCUAACGACUUCGUACAGAAAAAGAGUUACUCAAUAGAAGUAAACGAAAUUCCAAGCAUUACAAUUGAUUCAGUGAAUGAAACUGACAAAUUUUUGAGCAUAAGGGCAAAAAGAAUGAAACAACAACGUGCAUUAUCGAGUUCUUUACAAGAUGUCUCUAGUUCCACUUCCAGCAUAAGCAGCUGUGUUCAUGAAUCUAAUUUAGACCUGAGCCUUCUUGAUGGCGAAGGCUCAUCUACUUCAAAUAAAAAUUGGAAAUCGCCGGAUGAACUUCGAUUUCGGAAAUUAACCGACUCGGAGAAAUAUGACUCCAAGGCAGUCAGUUUUCCUGAACUUUGCAAGAUCAGAGGAAUGCCAAGCAGGAGCCAUAGCGUUAGCGAUGAACAUCUAAAUGAUAAAUUAACUGAAUAUGAAAGAUUAGAAAUACUGAAACUACUUCACGAUUGGAGUUUGUAUGGUUCCGACUCUAAGUGUGAUUUCAAUCUAUCCCUGGAUAAAAAUAGCAGGAGAUCCUCUGAAAUAACAUCUCGAAGAAAAGAUGAUGUUAAUGGCUUAACUAAGUCUUCCAACGACUUCAGCAAAAGUAGGAUUAAGUAUAAUUCAGAGCCAAAUUUAUCACCCGUCAAUUCUAAAAAAAUAACAGAUGACUUCAUAGUUGUAGCUAGAUAUAACUCUGAAAAUGACUUGAACAGUAAAGUCAACACAGACUUAUUGCAUAAAUGCGAAUUUAGAAAUUGCAUAUUCAACAUUGAUACAAAUUCAGCGUGUGGUAAGCCUGUCGAUUCAGAACCAAUAAAAGAAUACCAGGACGCUAAUGAAAUUGAUAAUAACAAAAAAUAUAGAAAAGAUAAUUCAAACGAAAAGGCAUGUCUCAGUAAUAUAACAAAUCUUCCAAGAAGAAUAAGCAGGAUUGAUGAAGCGAGCAGGAGAAAUAGCGAUGUAAUCCAAACCAAAACAUUCAACAGUCAAUUGGUGAGAUGUGAUAGUUUGGAAAGAUUAACUCAUAUACAAAAAAAUAUAAGAAAUAAAAAUGCUACACAAAAAAAAUUUCCAGACUCUUAUAUAGUUAGAAAAAAUAGCGUAAAAAGUACUCCAUCAAAAUCUAAGUACAACGAAAAUCAGAAUAAAACGAAAAAAAUAAUCGUAUUACAACAAAAAUAUAUGCCUAAAACUUGGAAAAGUUGUUCUGAUAUCAAAACAAAGAAACCGAUUAGAAAAUGUUGUAAACUAGCCAAGAAGUCUUGCCCAAUGAUGAAAGGACAUCCUGAAGAACCAAGGAAAGCGCAAAGUUGCGCUGAUUUUGAUCAAGACACUUUGGAAUACGCUGCUAGGUUAGCUGAAUUGAAGAAUUUGCGCAUUGGCGCUUUUGAUCGUAAGAUUACGAUUACUGAAUGUUGCACACAAGCAUAAUUUUAUUCUUUAUUGUUAUAUGUCUCACUCCUUUGUGGUAUCCCAUUUUAGCAAAGUGCUUUUUCAAUAGAAUAUACAAUUGGUAGGUAUUCAAAACAUAUACUCAGUUAGAUUAAAAGUACAGCAUUCAACCGUAACAAUUUGAUUAUUUGCU